UUUAAGUAAGAUUCUGGGCACUGCUUAAACCAGCCUGUUGCGGAGUGCCCUGAGCCGAGAGGAGCCACGACUCAACAACAGAAGCUUCCAGGAGUCUGAGCCAGAGAAGGCCAGGUCGAGGGUGGAAGCUGGAGCAGCAGCCACUGAGGAGGUUGACAAGAUGCUGUUUAUCUUAGGGCUGUUCACGACGUUCCUCUUCAUCUUAUAUUUGACAGCUCCAUCCAUCAGGAAGUACUUUGCUGGUGGAGUUUGUACAACAAGUGUGAAGAUCCCUGGAAAGGUAGUGGUCAUCACAGGUGCCAACACGGGCAUUGGCAAGGAGACGGCCAGAGAGCUUGCUCGAAGAGGAGCUCGAGUAUACAUUGCAUGUCGAGAUGUGCUGAAGGGAGAGUCUGCUGCUAGUGAAAUCCGAGCGGAUACCAAGAACUCCCAGGUGCUGGUGCGGAAAUUGGACCUAUCUGAUACCAAAUCCAUCCGGGCCUUUGCUGAGGGAUUCCUGUCAGAGGAAAAGAAGCUCCAUAUUUUGAUCAACAAUGCAGGAGUGAUGAUGUGUCCAUAUUCUAAGACAGCGGAUGGCUUUGAAACCCAAUUUGGAGUCAACCAUCUGGGCCACUUUCUUCUUACAUACCUGCUUUUGGGGCGGCUGAAGGAGUCUGCUCCCGCACGGGUGAUCAACCUCUCCUCAGUGGCCCACCUUUGUGGCAAGAUCCGUUUCCAUGACCUCCAAGGCGAGAAAUACUACCACCGUUGUCUCGCCUAUGCCCACAGCAAGCUCGCCAAUGUGCUUUUCACUCGAGAGCUGGCCAAGCGGCUCCAAGGGACGGGGGUCACCUCCUAUGCGGUACACCCGGGUAUUGUCAUGUCUGAGAUCGUCCGGCACUCUGUCGUGCUGUGCCUGUUGUGGCGGCUCUUCUCACCCUUCUUCAAGUCCACUCGGCAGGGGGCCCAGACCAGCCUGCACUGCGCCCUGGCAGAGGGCCUGGAGCCCCUGAGCGGCAAGUACUUCAGUGACUGCAAGAGGACUUGGGUGUCUCCAAGGGCCCGGAAUAAGAAAACAGCUGAGCGCCUGUGGAAUGUCAGCUGUGAACUUCUAGGAAUCCAGUGGGAAUAGUUGGCUCAAAGACCAUGGCCUUUUCAGGGCCAAUCUAUGGCGUAAUAGAAGGGGACCAAAGAGAAGGCCAACCUGAAAGGAUUAUCCUCCUGGCCUGCUGCUGCUGCUGCUGCGACUCCUGCCUACCCACAACCUUUUUGUGAGGCAGGGCCAUAGUACAUCAUGAUAUUCACACCUGCAGACCAUUCUCGAAGCCUUAGAGAAUCCAUAAUUCUCGGGGGCUAGAGGACUGUGUAGAUUCCAGGUUGGACACAGGGGUGGUAGAAGAAUUGAAUCAGUUUCCUCACCAGAACUGUAGACAGUAGCUGAUGUGUUCACAGGAAUGCCAGCACUGCACACUCCUAGGAGCUGUAGCCUCAAACUUUAGAUUGGCCUCUUUUCUCGUUGAAAUGAAAUGGAAGGCGCAACCCUGGAGUUCAGACCAGUUCAGGAAGAAGAAGCUCACGUUGGCCAAACUUCAUUUCUUCCUUUGAGCAUCCUGGAGCCAUUGCGUGAAGCUGGACCUUUCCAUUUUCCAACAUGUAGACUCCCCCGCCCCACCUCCAAAAAAAAAAAAAAAAUUUCUUUACCUCAAUUUUUAGAGAAAUAAAGA